GGGGUUCUGGGGCUAUCCUGCCUCUGGCAGCCAGCUCCCCGUCUCCGCUGCUCCCCUCUUUUGUUCAAGUCCCUGCGGGAGCCAAGGCCAGCGUGGGUGGCUGAAAUCUCCUCGGUAACGGGAUCUGCCUCUCCCUCUCCCGGCCUCCGCCCCUAACCUGCUGCCCCUCAGUCUGGUACCUACUGUCCGGCCCUCAGCCCCUCCUCCUGGCCCCUCCCGCACCCUCCUGCUCCCCCCCUCUGCUGGCUCUCCAUGUCACCAUCUGUGGCACAAUCCUUCUCUGUCACUGUCCCUACCACCCCCUCUUUCUCCUUCCUCCUGCCUCCCUCUGUCCCUGCCUUUCUCUGCAUCUCUCCCUGUUCCUCCGUCGGUCCGUUCUCUUCUCUCCUCUCUCCUCCUCUGUCCCUGCUCCUCGCCAGGCAUCUCUCCUCACUCCCCCUCAUUCUGCCUUUCCACCCACACGCUGUCUCCUCUCCCUCUCCUCUCUCUCCACCUCCGACCCCCCUCCUUUCCUUAUUUCCUAUUGGCUUCUUAUGUCCCCUGCUCUCUUCACAUUCCCAUCACCUUGGGAAGUGACUCCUGCCACCCCCCACUGGGUGCUGUCUGAAGACCCCAUUCUGUGUCCUGCAUCCUCCACAGAGUCCUGGAGAUGGGGGAUGACAGACAAGGUGCAGAAUCUUGGAGCCUCCAUACAGCAGAAUGUCAGAACCGGACCAAACCAGAUGCACGCUGCUGUCUGGGCCUGCUUGGUGGCACUCGUGAGUGCCCCUUCCUGCUGGGAGUGGAGCAUCUGCCAUGCAGCAACCCUGCGAGAAGCCGCUACAUCUCUCUGAGGUUCAACUUCUUCCCUCAUCCCUCCUUUCUGGGCUCUGCUAGGGUCUCGGGGUGUGAAUUUAAAGCCUCGGCCCAGGAACGUCCUUGCACUUUGGAGUUCUACGUUCUAACAGGCUUGUUUCUGUUAGUACUUACUGAGUUCUGGGUGCUAGGCUAGGUGUUGAGCGAAAGCACUUUGGAGGGAGUGGGCGUUGAAUGAGAGGGAAAUGAGAGCAAUGGGGGCGUCUUGCAUGCCCGAGGGGCCAUCCUUAGUUGCUGUGGGGCUUGGGAGCGGUAACUCACCCUCUCUGUGUGUCUCUCCCCUCCUGAACAGUCCCCUGAGGAGAUUCCACCCCCAGCUUUCAGGCAAGCUUGUGCCAAAGAUAAACCAGACAGGGAGGCAAAGUCCCUCCCUCCCUUCCAAGGAGGAAUUAGAUCAGGCACAGGAUUCCAGAUCCUUAAAGAAAAGACGGCAUUGAAAUUGCAGGCCAGGAGUAAUUGAUUGCUGACCGGCCUCUCAUUGGCCAUGGCCACGGCUGCCUAUUCUUCAUCAGUGCCCACAACCUUGGACCCUGGGAACACAUCCUCAGCCUGGCCCCUGGACGCUACCCUGGGGAACGCAUCUGCCGGUGAGAGUCUGGCAGGCCUGGCUGUCAGCGGCAUCUUGAUCUCUCUGGUGUACCUGGUGGUGUGCGUGGUGGGUCUGCUGGGCAACUCGCUGGUGAUCUACGUGGUCCUGCGGCACACAACCAGUCCAUCAGUGACCAGUGUCUAUAUCCUCAACCUGGCCCUGGCUGAUGAGCUCUUCAUGCUAGGGCUGCCCUUCCUGGCUGCGCAGAAUGCACUGUCCUACUGGCCCUUUGGCUCGCUCAUGUGCCGUCUGGUCAUGGCCGUGGAUGGCAUCAACCAGUUCACCAGCAUCUUCUGCCUCACCGUCAUGAGCGUGGACCGCUACCUGGCCGUGGUGCACCCCACACGCUCGGCCCGCUGGCGCACGGCACCCGUGGCCCGCACAGUCAGUGCGGCCGUCUGGGUGGCCUCGGCUGUGGUGGUGCUGCCUGUGGUCGUCUUCUCAGGAGUGCCCCGGGGCAUGAGCACAUGCCACAUGCAAUGGCCAGAGCCAGCGGCUGCUUGGCGAGCAGCCUUCAUCAUCUACACGGCUGCACUGGGCUUCUUUGGGCCCCUGCUGGUCAUCUGCCUAUGUUACCUGCUCAUUGUGGUGAAGGUGCGGUCGACCACGCGGCGCGUGCGCGCGCCAUCUUGCCAGUGGGUGCAGGCACCUUCUUGCCAGCGGCGGCGGCGUUCUGAGCGCCGGGUCACGCGCAUGGUGGUGGCUGUGGUGGCGCUCUUCGUCCUCUGCUGGAUGCCCUUCUAUUUGCUCAACAUCAUCAACGUGGUGUGCCCGCUGCCCGAGGAGCCCGCCUUCUUCGGCCUCUACUUCCUGGUGGUGGCACUGCCCUACGCCAACAGCUGUGCCAACCCCAUCCUCUACGGCUUCCUCUCCUACCGCUUCAAGCAGGGCUUCCGCAGGGUCCUGCUGAGACCGUCCCGUCGUGUACGGAGCCAGGAGCCAGGGUCCGGCCCUCCAGAGAAGACUGAGGAGGAGGAGGAGGAGGAAGAAGAGGAAGAGGAGAGACGAGAGGAGGAGGAGAGGAGGGCUCAGAGAAGGAAGGAGAUGAACGGAAGGGUCAGUCAGAUCGCACAGCCUGGCACCAGUGGACAGGAGCCCAGCACAGGAUCUGCCAAGGAGCAGCAGCUUCUACCCCAGGAGGCGGCAGCUGGGGACAAGCCUAGCACCCUGAGCCACCUGUAAGGACUUCAAAGGACCAGCAAUGGCCCAGAGAAAGGCAGAGGCUGUGCCCGGCCUAGGGACCUGAGUACCAGCUACAUGCAGUGAUCUGAGCAAGCAGCAGCUUACGCGACUUCAUUGACACCACUGUCCUGGCCAUCCUUGGGCCACCGAGGUUCAGGAUCCAAUGACAGAAUGUUCAGGGGCCUAGGUUCUGCCCCUCUGUGCUGGGGCCUGCUGUGUGCCCGUUGGCAGGUCCUCUGCCCUCUCUGGGCCUUGCUUUCUUCUUUUGACUCAGGGAUGGGUACAAUGAGGCCCCAAUGGGCCCUGUCAUAAGAGGGGUCUGGAGGGUGUCGUUACUGGGGGGACUCUCCCGAGCCCAAGUUAAGGUGAUGUGGGCAGGCUGACCAAGAAACAAGGUAUCUUGGGUGUCGGUCUGUAUCUUGGCCCUCAGGGAGAUACAGCAGGGCUUGGAGAAUCAGGGACGCAGGUGAGCCGGGGGCUUGGCUGAAGCCCAGAGGAAGUGUAAGACGGUAGGGUGGGAUGCCACUGCUUAGGACCCAGCUCAGCCCUUGCCAUGCUGCUGUGUGGCCUCGGCCACUCUGUUCCUGCCUAGGCUUCCUACCUCUCCUGCUGGACAGCCCAAUGUCCUGUAGGCCCUCAUCCCAGUGUCUCAGUGCUGGGUCUCCUGUGCUCCUGGACAUGAGGGGAGGAUGUUUUCAGAAGGCAGACGAAGCCAAGCUUCAGGGGUUCUCACUAUUUGGACCCCUCUGGGGCCUACAUCUGACGUAUGCUUCUAAUUUUGUAUUCCUUUUCUCGGGGAGGGACCACAUGCCACACAGGCUCAGGCCACCCACAGCCUGACUCACCCUAUUUAGGUCAGGUACCUUGUCCCCAGGGCAGAGUCUGUGGCAGCCUGAGGGGAUGAGAGAGAGGAGGAGGAUGGCCAAGAUGAAGGAGAGGGAACAGAGGCAGUAAGAAGGGGAGGGGAGAGGAGGGAGGAGGGAACAGAACUGUGCUGUGGUCUUGAACCAACCUUCGCCCCUUGGGCUAAGCUCAGUCGCAGCAUUUGAUGGUCUGCGGAGCUGAGGAGAGGGGCCACAGUAGAGAUCCUGGGAGUGGGCCUGGCUCCUCAGGACACUAGGGAGGGGUGGUAAGCCCUUGGUGGGGGUCAGAGCUCCCCAUCCUCUGUGUUCCCAGGGCUCCAGACAAUAUAAAGAGGCUAACAGGCUGUCAUGGGCAGUAAGUAGCAACUGCCCCAGGCUGAGCCAGGGCUCUACCCUGCCCCCCUCCCAGAGAUGGCCCUUUUGGUCCCAACAAAGCUGGCCUUGGAGAGGUUGGAGCUUCUGCCUCAACCCCCACCCUACUCUGCAAAGGUAGGGUCCUCAGGGAACCCACAAAUCCAGAAGCUGGGAAACCUGCAUCUUCUAUUCACCUCAAGCCGCUUGGCCAGGCCCUCCCCCGCUGGGUCUCAGUAUCCUCACCAUGGUGUGGAUGUGGUUCCCUAGCUUGCCAGGAAUCCAGGAGGAAACUGAGUCAUGCUGGCUAAGUCACUGCUCACCACGAUGGAGCUACUUACGGGAUACAAAGUGGAGGUACCCCCAACUCAGGCUCAGCCCACAUCCUGCCUGUGAGUGAUCUCUGUGGCAGCUACUGGGGUGAAGGUAUUCGUGAGAAACGGGAUGCAGGAGGUCAGAGGCCAAGGGUCAGAGAGCAUGCAGGCCACCCUGUGAGGAGGAAGUUUACAAACUCAGGCAUGUGGGGAGCAUGAGGCCCAGCCCUGAGGUUCCUCUGAGGAGGAGCUUGGGCAGAAGUGAGCAGUCUAACCUUCCUGGGUGGGGCAGGGGAGCUGUGCCUUGCAAAAGGAGUUGGGUGGCCAACUGGGAAAUCUUUGCUGCUUCUGACCCUAGCUCCUGUCAAUAAAGAUAGUGACUGGGCCAUUUCCUCUGUA